UGUGCAUGCCGGGAAAUGAAGUCCGCCUCUGCCCCCGAGAGCGAGGUGCUUUCCCCCUGCGGUGGAGCGGCGCGACGCCGCACUCCAAAUCCCAUGGUGCCUCGCGGCAGGACUCCAAGUCCCAGGGUGCAUCGCCGCCACUAUAAAUUCCUGGUGCAGGCCGCGCCUGCGCUGGCCCGGGCAUCGCCAGAGGAGGCCGUCAUGGCGCUGCGCUCCCGGCUGUACAGUGUGUUUUUCCGCCGCACCUCCACCUUCGCCCUGACCAUCGUGCUGGGGGCCCUCGUCUUCGAACGCGCCUUCGACCAGGGCGCGGACGCGUUCUACGAGCGUCUCAACCACGGGGUGAGGGGCCGCUGAGGGGCCGCGGCGGAGCUCGCGCAGUUCCUAGGCCGGCGUGGCUGAAGAAACUGUGGAAACACAUCAAGCACAAGUAUGAGACACAAGAAGAGUGAAGUGAGAGCUGCAGGAGCCAUGCGGGGGUGCCUGUAUCCCCUUGUGUAAACUCUUCAAUUGCCUGAUACCAGUUACCAAGCAUGAAAAUGGGCUUCUGACUGAAGAAAUCUGAGCCAGAGUACAUCACCAACUUCAUCUGUGGCAGAAACCUUGAUGGAUUUACUCCUGCUUUGUUAAAACAUUCUGUUAAACUAAUAAACUCACUAACCUGUA